AUGGCGACCAGCGCAACAGUGCACUAUGUUGGUCAGAAAGUUUCUAAAGUAAGAUGGAAACCUACUUCUCAUCUCAGACGUUCAACUAUCUUUGCCAGUGGUGGCUGGGACAAUAAUGUAAGUUUUAAAGCGUUUAUGAACUUGCUUGGGUGUAAAGUGGGAGACUGACAAGGGCCAAGGGGUAGUAUAAAUUAUGUAUAAAUGUAUCUAUAUUGUCUAUUGAUAUAAGUAUUUUCACGAACAGGUGAAUCAGUUAUGUUUAUGGAGCACAGAAGGUUUGGAAGAUGAUGGUACUGCAAUGUCAAUGGAAAGCAAUCUACUUGAAGAACCUCAGUUGAUUAGCGCUGUUGAACAUGAAGGAAGUGUCACAGAUAUUAAGGUUGAUAGCGCCUUCAGUCAUGUCAGUGGUAGCACAAGGGCACAGAAUAAGGCACACAGAAGGUCGACUCGAGUAACCACUGCCACGCCAUGAUUCAUCAUCAAAAUGCUGACGCCAUGGUCCUAGCCAGUGCGCGUUUGAGAGGCAUUCCCCCCCUGGAUGUUCACCCAUUUUGAAUAAUAUCAGGGGGGUGAAUGCCUCUCAAACGUGCACUGGCUAGGACCAUGGCGUCAGCAUUUGAUGACGAAUUACAGGUUAUGCCAAAAUCAUAGGAAAAUCAUAGGAAAAACCAAGAAGUCGGCCUUCUGUGUACCUUAUUCUGUGACAAGGGGUAGAGAGUAGAGACACAGAGUAUUUACAUACAGAGGUCUCACUUCAGGUUAAUUUAGCAAAAGGGAUUUUUUCAGUCCACCAUAUUCUUAGCUAGUGCCCUAAAGACAGGCUGUCACCCCCCCUGAAAACAUUGCAAUUUAAUGUUGCGGGGGAGGGGGUCAAUGCCUCUUUUUAGGUACCUUAUGGUUUUCCCAUAGAAGUAAGACCUCUGUAUGCAAGUACUCUGUGGUAGGGGCGAGGCAAGGAGGGGGGAGGAAUUUAAAUGGCCAGUGCAUUGCGAAUGAAGGAAUACAAUAUUUUGUUUCUUGUACAGUACAUUGAUGGUGAUAGAAUCCUGACAUCUUCUUCAAGUGGCAAUGUUACCUUACACAAACAUGACAGUCAAAGAGGGGUAAGGACUCACAAAAAACAUUGUUCACAUGAAGCAAUAUUUUGCUUUGUCAGCAUCACCUUUCCUGAAGUCAUAAGCGAUGCAGACAAAGGAAAAAGUCACUUUGUGCAAACAAACUUACCUGGUGAAAAACAAGCUUAAAUCAACUUAAAAUUAUAUCAUUUCCACAGACAUUAUCAAUAUUACAUAGUUGGUCUGGACUUCAUCAUUACAACGGAACAUCCAACUGUUCAUGUACCUCUCUGGCUACCUACCCCAAUAUGCCAGACUUUGUGAGUGUUGGUGAAGAUGGAAGGAUUGUUGUAUUAAGAAUGGACCAUCAGAAACUUGUUAGAACUAUAGGUACAGAAUGAAUUCCUUGUAGGUUUGUAUUGUAAUAAGUAUCAUGUUUAGUUUACGCAAGCAUAGAACGGCACAAUGGUAUCUAACCAUUAGAACUAUGAACAAGUGUGAAUAACUCUUACAUAAUUCUAAUGCUUACACUUGGCUUACAGUAGCUACUUUGUUUUAUUCUAAACCAUAUAAGUCUUUGGGUUAUUGAAAUUCAGGAAAAAUGAGACUCAGCUUGCAAGGUAUAUCUAAUAUUAUUUAACAUCUCUAUUUUCAGAGUCGGCUGACAGUACAACUAUUUCGGGAGUUACGUUUGUGAAAUCUUAUGAGAUAGCAACUGUGAACUUCAUUGGUCAAGUCAAAGUCUGGGAUCUGAGACAGAAAGGAGACAAACCAGUCCGGGCAAUGCUUCUGUACGUUCUUGUGACCAUUUUUUUGCGGCCAGCUUAGAAACGGUGGUUAAUCCAUGUGCAUGAGGUUUGAAUCCUGCAAAAUUGGUGAUUUGAGAACAAUUCCUUUAGACUUAUAAGACAAAGUCAAGAUGUGGUGGCCAUGUAAUGUUGGAUGAAACAAACACAAUAGCUGCUAGUGAUAUUCUUUUGUUUAAGUGUUCCUCCAACAUGGCCAUGGUGACGCCAAGAAUACAGUUGUUUGGUUAUAAUUUUGCCUCAGUCCUAAUGUGAGGAGAUGCUUCCAGUAACCAGUUUGACUCUACCGGCAAACGCCCAAAGUUUCCUCUGGAUACUCAGGGUUUCCUCUAUCCAUUCAGUGUAACCACUAUCCAGUAUAAAAAGCUUAUGUAAAACGAUUAUAUUUGACAGGAGUGGAGAUCGCGUUCCUUUGCUAUGCAUUGACAAGCAUCCAACUCAACCACACCUGAUUGUGACUGGAGGCCAGGAUGGUGUUCUUGGUCUGUGGGAUAUGAGGCAAGACAGAUAUCCAGUAACAUUACUGGAAGCACACUCAGCUGAAAGUAUGAUAAUUUUUGUUCUGGUUUUUUAGCCGCCGCUGAAUUUUUAAUACAUUGGAAAGAAUACAAAUCGAACAAUUUACAGUGCAGAGUGACACAAUGCAAUACAAUAUAGUGACUAGACAUUCAUUAUUUUUUUCUAGUUUGGGAUGUUAUGUUCUACACUGCAAACCCAGACCAUUUAUUCACAUGCUCUCAAGAUGGUGCCGUGUGGCAAUGGAAUGGCUCAUCUAUGAAAACACCAUCCAUGGACAUUAGUCGGUUACUCAACCCCAGUGCCGUGACGACACAGAAUGGGGUUGACGCAAGCAAUGUGCCCACACCGUGGUUGUCAGCGGAUGCGAGUAAACAUAAGAUUGAGACAUUUUCCUUGCUGCCAUAUAAUCGUUCGGCGGUGAACUCUAUGGACGUAACUGGACAAAAUUUAGUCUGUGGGACUGAUGGAGAAGCGGUGUAUAUUGUUGAGAAUUUAGACUUAGGUGUAUGA